AUUUUUGAGAGGGAUGGCGAAGCGAGAACUGAGGAAAAGUCUCAAAUCAGAGAUAGAAAACCUAUUCAAAUCACCAGAACAAGCAGAACAUGAAUUUCAAUGUGCAACAAAAAGACGUCGAUUAACAAGCUCUGAAAAACCAACCAAGUCUCCUAGUACAAGUAGUGAUGAUCCAUCCAAGCCAAAAUUAGAGUUAAGGCUGUCCCGACUAGGUGAUGGCCAUCGAUUAGACUGCGAAACUCUGGCUCAGUUUAUUCACUUCAGCAUAUUUGGAUCAUCACUCCAAAAGCCCAGAUGGGUCAGUCUAUCCCAUCAUAGAAAUGUCCUUCAGAACCUAGUGGUUCGUGUCAAUGUGGAUGACGAUUUUUUCACGACAACGAAUCUAAGCUUUCUUAGUGAAUUCUUUGAAAAGCAAUGGAUAGAGUUGGAUUCAGAUGUCAGUGAUCGUGGAUUGUUCUGGAACAGCAUUAUGCAAGUCCGGCUUACUAUUCAGGAACAGAUUCGGAGAAAGUCUGUCAUAAUGCAAAAAACUUAUGAUAGAGACGGAAAACACGAUAAAUCGCAUUUUGUGCUCACAACUGAACAAUUGGCUCAACGACGCUACCCAUUUCCUGGUGAAGAAGGUGUUGUACCCACUAAACAAGGAUAUAAAAAAAUAUCAGCUUCAUCUCCAAUGUUUUCUGUUGACUGUGAGAUGUGUGAAACAGACGUUGCGAAUCGAGAACUUACACGAAUAUCGAUAGUGGAUGAAUUCGAGAAUACGAUUCUAGAUACUCUUGUGAAACCAGAAGGUCGAAUCACAGAUUAUGUGACGCGAUGGUCUGGAAUUACACCGGAUAUGAUGGAAGGAGUAACGACGACUCUUGGAGAUGUUCAAAAAGCUAUUCAGAGCUUGUUACCGCCGGAUGCAAUUCUUGUUGGACACUCAUUAGAGCACGAUCUACAGGCAAUGAAAAUGACACAUCCAUUUUGUCUCGACGUUGGUCAUGUUCUCAACUAUACGAAUAGCAACACAGAAUUCCGAAAUAGUCUCAAAAAUUUGACGGAACUCUUUCUCGGAGCACAAAUUCAAUCAGAAUUCGGUCAUUGCUCGUAUGAAGAUGCGUGGGCAGCGAUGCGCCUCGCUCAGCUGAAACUCGAAAAAGGAUUGAUGUUCGGGAACGUGAGCUUCGGAUGGAAAUAUUCUGAAUACGCAAAAAACAAUGGAGCAGUUGAGAAGAAAAUUGUCACGGCUGCUGAAAUCACAUCAAAACCGUGUACUGAUUGCUCUCAGCCAACAGUUGUUGCUUGCACAGUUGCCAAUUGCAGAUGCAGAUUUGUAUCGACUCCUUCGAAAUGUGUGCAUUGUGUGAAGAUCGGGAUAAGUGCCCAAGGAGAUUUUCAUUGGCAGGAUACACUUGAUGUGGAUCAUGAAAAGAAAGCAUCUCCAAUCGGGAAUUAUUUGAAAAAGGAUAAAAUGAAAUCUGUGAUGUGUGCUUUCGAUACUGCUAUUCUCGACUGUCCUCCCAUAUCAAAAAAGGUCCGCUCAAAACUUCAUUCCUCUUUUCCCUCCUAUAAUGGAUUCGUCAACAGUGUAGCUUCUGAAAUGCUCAAUGACAGUGUAAUCCUCGUGGAGAUUGACAAAGAAAAAAUAGAACCAUUGGAAGAAACUGAUUCAGAGCAAGGAGAAGUUCCUGACAACGCGGAGGCACUGAAUCGGAUUCUUGAAAAACUGGUUGCCGCCACGGCUAAAAACUCACUGAUUAUGAUGAUCUUGUCUAAUUCCACUAAAAACGUGCUCUAUGUAAGAGUCAAAUAAUCUUUUUUUUUAAUAUUAAGUUUCUCAUAAAAUGAAUAACAAAUAAAAUUUGGUUUAAUUUAAA